AUGCGACUCUUCUUGAUCCCGAUCUCGACCCGACGAGCGUUAAUAUAUUCUCGGCCACUGCGAAAAGAUAUUCCCAAGGAAUUAUCUAUACUCGAUCGCGCUACAACAAAAGCUGCUCAAACAUGGGCCAAGUGGGAAGAGGCCGAGAGUGGGUGGAAGAAGCACCUAGUGACAUGGGGUAAUCGAGUUCAACAACGGAUUCCAUUUGAAGAAUGGGGAUUGAAGAGUAUUCCGUCGCUCAAUUCACAACAGAGAAUCGAUGAAGCGCACGGAACCAGGCCAAUCGAGCUGUUAUAUCCAGGAAAUGCCGUCCGCCCAGAGAAAAUACCGGGUCUGCUGCGAACCAUAGCCACAGAACGCCAGGCUUUCCACAAGAACAAGAUGAUGUGGAGUUUUGGAAUUGCGCCGUUUACUGCACCUCUAGGUCUGAUUCCGGUAGUUCCCAAUAUUCCUUUCUUCUAUCUUGCAUACCGAGGCUGGUCCCACUGGCGGGCAUUGAACGGUUCGCGCCAUCUGGAGUUUAUUGUGAAAAAGAACCUCCUCGCACCCAUUUCCCUGCCUGAACUAGAACAUUUAUACGCGAAGCGCGUAUCAUAUGUUCUCGACAAUACCCCGAUCGACGCACAUCCAAAUGAGAUGGUUGGGGAUAUGGAAAAAAGCGACGAGCGAGUUUUAUUGAAGAUGUCCGAUGCCAAAAAGCUAGCAACCAUAUUCGAAGCGCCGGAACUGGCACUGGAGGCAGAGCGUGCCAUUGUUCAAGUGAGCGAACAGCUGCAAGCGAAGAAAGAUGAAGCCAAAGCCAAAUCAAACGAAACCAAGUCGGGCGAAAAAAAGGAAUGA